GUUUUGUUUAAAAAUAUAUGUAUCAUAGACAAUAUGUACAUAUAAAAAUAUCAUCUGGUCACACUGCCGCCAUGCCAUCUUUGAACAUCCUUUCGUGCCAGUUUGACAGUUCAACGAGCACAUUUUGCUGAGUUGAAAAAAUGCAGAUCUUCGUCAAAACCCUAACGGGUAAGACCAUCACCCUUGAGGUGGAGGCUUCUGACACCAUCGAAAAUGUUAAGGCGAAAAUUCAAGACAAGGAGGGAAUCCCUCCUGACCAACAGCGUUUGAUCUUCGCUGGUAAACAGCUGGAGGAUGGCCGUACUCUGUCAGACUAUAACAUUCAGAAGGAAUCUACACUUCACUUGGUGCUUAGGCUUCGUGGAGGUACCAUUGAGCCGUCUCUUCGUAUCUUGGCCAUGAAGUACAACUGCGACAAGAUGAUCUGCCGCAAAUGCUAUGCUAGGCUUCACCCCCGUGCUACCAACUGCCGUAAGAAGAAGUGUGGACACACUAACAACCUCCGCCCCAAGAAGAAGAUCAAGGAUUAAAUCUAUCUCCUAUAUUUUUAUAAAAAGUCUGGUUUAUGAUUUAAAUUAAAAAGUGAAAAAUUUAA